AUGUCUCUAAAACGUAAAUUGGUUACAUUAAUAAUUGCUGAAAAAGUGAACAUAAUAAGUGAUGUGACAAAAAGUGGUAUAAAGAAAAAUGAAAUUGCUAAGAAAUUUAAUAUUCCACCGAGUACACUUUCAACUAUUCUGAAAAAUAAAGACGAUAUUUUACAAAAGUACGAAACUAAUAAAGGCUCCACGAAAAUAAUGAAGAUUUUUGAGUAUCCCGAUGUAGAGGCUUAUCUGCAGCUUAUGGUUUAAGGCAGUAACGUCCUGAACCCGAUCCUGCAUCCCAUCCAUCGAACGUUGGCUGGGAAGAACGGUCCCGCUAGUGACCCUGACGUUCCGCAUGUCACAGGCACUAACGGGACACGGCUGUUUCCAGUCAUAUCUCUACAGGAGAGCCAGGGCCACCAGUCCGAUGUGUCUACAGUGCAGGGGCGGCGAGGACACGGUGGAGCAUACUGCUUACUCUGUUUGAGGGCUACUACUGGAACGCCCUCCGUGAUCCUCUGUCCAUCCACUUGGGGCGCAGACCGUGUACAGCCGACAUCCAGGACAUAAUUUGCGGGCCGCCAUUUGACCAGCUUCCAGCAUGCAGACCCGGAUGAAAAGUUGGAUAUAUUAAGGUACGCGGAGGAGUCAUUUCGGCUGUUCUAUGGAAUGGUCGAACGCAUCUUCUCACUUAAAGAAGAGGAGGAGCGAGCCCGCCAGGCUGCGGAGGUGUGGCGGUGAGAUCCCGACGCAUA